AUGGCGAAACAAUUCAGCAAAAUUAGGUCGGCCGCCAUCGACGGCAGAGCUCACAAUCCUUUCUACAGAAAAGUCCAGCUCAAAAAGCUACACGACAAGCUGGCAGACCAUGCCACCGAUAUCCAGAAGGCGAUCGCGGACGAUACAGGGCACCGACCCGCCGAAGUAAAGGCCGAGUACUGGCUCGCUCUGCGGUGCGUUGCCGAGAGCUAUACGUCCAUCGACCCCGAGCAGCACCUAAGAGACGAAUAUGCCAUUGCAGCUUCGAAGGAUGCUCCAAGCGCCCGCGAGCCCGUCGGCAUCGUCGUCAUUGAGCCAACGACACACACCUUCGUGUUCAGUCUCCUAUCCGCGCUCAGUCCUGCUCUCGCCGCCGGCAACUGCGUCAUCAUCCAGGUAGAUCAGACCAUGCUGAAAACCCCCCGCUUGCUUCUGGAGAUUGUCGAGAGUGCCCUCGACCGGGACAUUGUCCAGGUCACCUCCAAGAAAGCCACCGACUCAGACAUCGGCUACCGACACGUCCGCGUCCUCCAGAACGGCUCCCCCGAGCCACAGUUGGCAAACCACCUCGUUUCGCGGCCCGAGGCGCGCGUGGUCGCCGUGGUCGAGCGCGACGCGGACCUCGAAGCGGCAGCGGAGGUUCUCGUUAGGGCGCGGUUCGGCCUGCGGGGGAAGUCGCCCUACGCGCCUGACGUCGUGCUCGUCAACGAGUGGGUCAAGAAGGAUUUCUUGAGCGCCGUCGCGCAGUGCUCGAUCCGGUUCAUGCCCGAUGCGGGGGAUGUGACACCGGCGUCAGCGUCCAGGAGAAAGGAGGGGAAGGGGUUCCUCGACGAGGUGGCGAAGGAGGGCCUCGCUAAGAUUGUCUCGUCUGGUGCUCAUGGGUCGGUGUUGGAAAUCGAGGACAGGGGCUCCUUCGUGAUCCAACGCAAGCUGCGAGAGAGCUGCCUCGCCAUCCAUACGGUGACCAGCAUGGACGACGCAAUAGAUCUCUCAAAAAGUCUCGGUCGGCUCGCAGCUUCUUUCGUCUUUACUACCACGCCCGAGGCUGCCAAAUACAUGUGCCAAUUCCUUGAUUCAGAUCUAAGCUUCGUCAAUCAGAUUCCAGCGAGUCUGCUCUUCGGACCAGUCUCACCACAAGGAAAGCCCCUUGACAUGGAGUCGUUCACCCGCUACGACACACCCCUCUUCACACUGCCAAAACCACAGUUCGUCUCUCGCCCAGUGCACACCCGCGUCCUGGACAGCAUCCUUCGGGGAUCCUCGCCACGGGAUCUGCAGAGGCUCGACGACGAGGCCACGGCGAGAUUGCCCGAGCCGAAGCGGCUGAAGAAGGGAGGGGACAUCGGGUUCUUUAGCCAAGGAAUCGUGACCGGCGGGAUCGUGGUCUUGUCUACGGGUGUCACUUGCGCGGGCGUGUUGUGCUACUAUGCGGUGAAGUUUGCAAGGCCGCGGCUUCAGGGGUUGUUGUAG